AUGGAUCCGCCGGCGGGAGCCGCUCGCCGCCUGCUCUGCCCCGCUCUGCUGCUGCUGCUGCUGCUGCCGCCGCCACCGCCACUCCUGCUGCUGCCGCCGCCACCCGCGAGCGCCCGGCUCGCCGCCGCUACCGAGCCCCCAGGCGGGCCCCCGGGGCACGGAGCCGAGCGCAUCCUGGCGGUGCCGGUGCGCACUGACGCCCAGGGCCGCUUGGUGUCCCACGUGGUGUCUUCGGAGACCGCCCGGGCGGGGGUACGAGCCCGCAGAGCCGCCCCGGUCCAGACCUCAGGCUUGCCCGCAGGCGACGUGCAGGACCCUAGAGGCCGCCUCUUCUACAACCUCACGGUCUUUGGCCGAGACCUGCACCUGCGGCUGCGGCCCAACGCUCGCCUCGUGGCUCCGGGGGCCACCGUGGAGUGGCAGGGUGAGACGGGUGACACCCGGGUGGAGCCCCUGCUUGGGACCUGUCUCUACGUUGGAGACGUGGCUGGCUUAGCUAAAGCCUCCUCGGUGGCGCUCAGUAACUGUGAUGGGCUGGCGGGUCUGAUCCGGAUGGAGGAGGAGGAAUUCUUUAUUGAGCCCCUGGAGAGGGGGCAGACGGAUCAGGAGGCUGAGCACGGCCGAGUGCACGUGGUGUAUCGCCGUCCACCCACUCCCAAACCCCCUCCUCUGGCGGGACCCCAGGUUCUGGACACAGGAGCCUCCCGGGCCAGCCUGGAAAGCCUCAGCAGAGCCCUGGGCGUCCUGGAGGAGCGCAUCAACAGCUCACGGCGGAGGGUGCGCAGGCAUGCCACCGACGAUGACUACAACAUCGAGGUCCUGCUGGGCGUGGAUGACUCAGUGGUCCAGUUCCAUGGGAAGGAGCAUGUGCAGAAGUACCUGCUGACACUCAUGAACAUUGUCAAUGAAAUCUACCAUGACGAGUCAUUGGGGGCCCACAUCAAUGUUGUGCUGGUGAGGAUUAUCCUGCUGAGCCAUGCCAAGUCCAUGAGCCUCAUUGAGAUUGGGAACCCCUCUCAGAGUCUGGAGAACGUCUGUCGCUGGGCCUACCUCCAGCAGAAGCCGGACACAGACCACGAUGAGUACCACGACCAUGCCAUCUUCCUUACACGGCAGGACUUCGGGCCCUCCGGCAUGCAAGGCUAUGCUCCUGUCACUGGGAUGUGCCACCCUGUCCGCAGCUGCACCCUGAACCAUGAAGAUGGCUUCUCCUCGGCAUUUGUGGUGGCUCAUGAGACCGGCCAUGUGCUGGGCAUGGAGCAUGAUGGGCAGGGUAACCGUUGCGGCGACGAGGUGCGGCUGGGCAGCAUCAUGGCACCCUUGGUACAAGCUGCCUUCCAUAGAUUCCACUGGUCCCGCUGCAGCCAGCAGGAGCUCGGCCGCUACCUGCAUUCCUAUGACUGCCUGCGUGACGAUCCCUUCGCCCACGACUGGCCCGCAUUGCCUCAGCUCCCAGGGCUGCACUAUUCCAUGAACGAGCAGUGCCGCUUCGACUUUGGCCUGGGCUACAUGAUGUGCACUGCGUUCCGGACCUUUGACCCCUGCAAACAGCUAUGGUGCAGCCACCCUGACAACCCUUACUUUUGUAAGACAAAGAAGGGCCCCCCACUGGACGGGACUAUGUGCGCACCUGGCAAGCAUUGCUUUAAAGGUCACUGCAUCUGGCUGACACCGGAUAUCCUCAAACGAGAUGGCAACUGGGGCGCCUGGACUCCGUUCGGCUCCUGCUCACGCACCUGCGGCACGGGCGUCAAGUUCAGGACCCGCCAGUGUGACAACCCACACCCAGCCAACGGGGGCCGCACCUGCUCCGGCCUGGCCUACGACUUCCAGCUCUGCAAUCCCCAGGACUGCCCCAACUCCCUGGCUGACUUCCGGGAGGAGCAGUGCCGUCAGUGGGACCUGUACUUUGAGCACGGCGAUGGCCAGCACCACUGGCUGCCCCAUGAACACCGGGAUGCCAAGGAGAGAUGCCACCUCUACUGCGAGUCCAAGGAGACAGGGGAGGUGGUGUCCAUGAAGCGCAUGGUGCACGAUGGGACACGCUGCUCCUACAAGGACGCCUUCAGCCUCUGUGUGCGUGGGGACUGCAGGAAAGUGGGCUGUGAUGGGGUGAUCGGUUCCCGCAAGCAAGAGGACAAGUGUGGAGUGUGUGGAGGCGACAACACCCACUGUAAAGUGGUGAAGGGCACGUUCACGAGGUCACCCAGGAAGCAAGAGUACGUCAAGAUGUUUGAGAUCCCCGCUGGAGCCAGACACCUGCUCAUCCAGGAGGCCGACACCACCAGCCACCAUCUGUCCGUCAAGAACCUGGAGACAGGAAAGUUCAUCUUAAAUGAGGAGAACCACCUGGACCCCAAUUCUCGAUCCUUCAUUGCCAUGGGUGUGGAGUGGGAAUACAGGAAUGAGGAUGAGAGGGAGACACUGCAGACCAUGGGCCCACUCCACGGAACCAUCACUGUACUGGUUAUCCCCGAAGGAGACAGUCGGAUCUCACUGACAUACAAAUACAUGAUCCACGAGGACUCGCUCAACGUCGACGACAACAAUGUCCUGGAAGACGACUCUCUGCGCCACGAGUGGGCCCUGAAAAAGUGGUCUCCCUGCUCCAAGCCCUGCGGAGGAGGGUCCCAGUUCACUAAGUACGGCUGCCGCCGGAGGCUGGACAGCAAGAUGGUACAUCGAGCCUUCUGCAGCACCCUGGCCAAGCCCAAAGCCAUCCGCCGAGCUUGCAACCCUCAAGAAUGCUCCCAGCCUGUGUGGGUCACCGGUGAAUGGGAGCCUUGUAGUCAGAGCUGUGGGCGAACCGGCAUGCAAGUGCGCUCCGUACGCUGCAUUCAGCCCCUGCACAACAACACCACUCGCUCCGUGCACACCAAACACUGCAAUGACCACCGUCCUGAGAGCCGCAGGGCCUGCAACCGUGAGCUCUGCCCUGGGCGGUGGCGGGCUGGGUCCUGGUCCCAGUGUUCGGUAACCUGUGGCAAUGGCACCCAGGAACGGCCAGUACUCUGCCGCACCGCCGAUGAUAAUUUUGGUGUCUGCCGGGAGGAGCGGCCUGAGACAGCAAGGAUCUGCAGGCUUGCACCCUGUCCCCGAAACAUCUCGGAUCCCUCCAAGAAGAGUUACGUGGUUCAGUGGCUGUCCCGGCCUGACCCUGACUCACCCAUCCAGAAGAUCUCGUCAAAGGGCCAGUGCCAAGGCGACAAGUCAAUGUUCUGUAGGAUGGAAGUCUUGUCUCGCUAUUGCUCCAUCCCCAGCUACAACAAGCUCUGCUGCAAGUCCUGCAAUCCACCCCACAACCUCAGCAGCACGCAGGACGCAGGUGGGGAACCUCCACCCGGGAAGCACAAUGACAUCGAGGUGUUCAUGCCCACACUCCCGGGGCCCACUGUCGCUACGCAGGCGCAGCCCUCACCAGGGCCUCCCUUGGAGGUCCCCCUCAAUGCCUCCAGCAUCAAUGCCACUGAGGAUCACCCAGAAACCAAUGCUGUGGAUGUUCCCUACAAGAUCCAUGGUGUGGACGAAGAGGUCCAGUCUCCCAACCUGAUCCCACGACGACCGAGCCCAUAUGUGAAGACGAGGAACCAAAGGAUCCAGGAGCUCAUUAAUGCAGUGCAGAAAAAAGAGAAGGCCGGAAGGUUCUAAUAAAAUGGAAAGAUUCGCAUCAACAGCUUUUUCCCCUUGCUUAUAGAUAUGUUCCAUGGGAUGGCAAAUCCUGUGCUGUGGGAGACAAAGCCCAAAUUCCUGCUUCCAGAAAGGUUUGGAAAAUAGCACAAAAGAAUAUAUAUGGGGGGGGGGGGAUGUGACAAUCAGCCUAACAUGUAUUUUCCAGGCUAGGAAUGACCUAAAUCUUGUGGUGGUCUUAGGCCUAGAGUGGAAAAGUUCCCUAGUUUCUAUCAAUGCUGGGAUGUCAAGAGGGAUGACUCCCAGAGAGAAAAACUUACUAAGCAGUGGUUGACAACCUUCAUUUCCUUGGUGAUGAGCAGUCCUCAGACCAAGGUAUGAGACCACUGGGGACUUUUAAGUGACAUGAUGUUUUACCUAAGAGAUUGUCAGGUCGAGUACGUUUGAGUGGAGGUCAUGACUCGAAAUGACCUCAGAGGCCAGGCAGAUGAUUGGAUAAGUGUGGUAGCUAGUAGAAAGAGGACUUAACCAACCAGAGAGCAGCACCCGUCUAGGGCUGUUGGCAGGCUCCAGCUAUAGCUGCCAGUGUGACAUGUGUCCCUCCCCUACAAGCCUGGCCUUGCUGUCUUUUGCACAGGCAGAUAUCUGGGUUUCCUGUACUCAAAAUUUUUGAAGUCGUAGGGGUGGGAGUAGGAGAUGACCUGGGAGUUUUAGGUUGAGAUCCACCAGGCUGUAAUCUCUGGUCUCUGUUUUAAUUAUUAACUAGUUGUCUGGUGCGGUUUCAGCAUCUGGUGCUCAUGGUGUGCAGUGUUUUGAUCUCAGCUGAGCAUGGGUUGUGCACCCAUCUAGUUCUUUCCAGAAAAAUGAUGAGACUCCUAUAAUGGGGGAUCUGAGUUCCAAAAUAGGAGCCAUUGGGUCAAAGGCAGCAAGGACUUAUCACUCUCCUUUCCACUCACGUUGGCCUUGCUUGCUGCCUCCCAGGUUCUGGUGGAAAAGCCCUAGUAUUCUUCUCUGGCCAGCCUGAGCCAAGGCCCCAGAAAGGAAGGAUGUACUCUGCAUGCGCUCUCCCGGGAUGACCCUGCAUGUGGCCCAAGACCCAAGAUUCUCCCUUUCCUGGGAUCCCAGUAUUGCCACCUGGGUGGUGAGGUGCCAGGCUCUGGGGCCUCAGGUUCAGAGGAUGGGUUUUGUCUAUAGUCUGACCUUGCCCUUGCCCAUUUCCAACCUUUAGAAGGACUAGAACCUGACAACAUGGCCUGCAAUAAGAAGUAUCAGGUGGGGGUGGAAGCCCCACUUUAUCUUUUUUCUUUAGAAGCUUAGAUAGCCUUUGUGGUAGAAUGACAUUUGGUGAGCCGGAUGUGAAUGGGGGAAAAUGAAAGGCAGUAGGUGAAUGAUAGGAGGGUGGUGAGCUUUGGCUCUUAUACACUGGCAUUUUGUGAGCAUGCCACUCCAAUACCCCAUAUGGUAAGAGCCAAGGGUACAUUAGCUCCCUAGCUGGGCCUAGCCUAACCAUAAUUCUGAGACUUCUCAUGUGUAGGAAAGUUCUAGAAGCUGUGUUCUCGCCCAUCGUAGAUCUUAGAUUAUUCUUUCUUAUUGAUACCCCCCAGCCCUGCCAAUCAGAGUUAAGAAUACUGAGACUUGAAUCGAUGCCAUUGUGGCUAACCCUCCAUUGAGUUUCGAGGUGCUCAGUAUGCUUGCGUAAAUCUGGUGUGUGUGUGUGUGUGUGUGUGUGUGUGUGUGUGUGUGUGUGUGUGUGUGUGGCGGGGGAGUUGUCUAUGUGGAUGGUCUGGGAAAGAAGUCAGAGCAUAGAGACCAGCUGGACUAAUGUUUAAGAUAGUGCUUAACUUUCCUCCCAGAAGGUGGUCAGACACCCCACACACAUGCAUUCCUUGCCCCCACAUCCCACACAUACUCCUACACUGCCCCAGCUCCCAAAAAACCAAAUUGGAAAAAGUCCUUUGACUCUCUCUCCUAGUGUGGUUGAGAACAGUUCUGCUUCCCUGCCUCCUUGUAAGCAGGGAAGGAAUCCCAUGGCUAGCCCUCAUUUAUUGAAUCCAGGUCAGCUGGGUUUACUCACAGGCUGAAGAACUGAGUAUCUCCUGUCUUUGGUAGAAUGAGAAGGAACAUUCUAGACUAAUAUUAGCCAGAAUAUGACUGAGUUACCCAUUCUAAUGAUUGUGAUAUAGUAACACUCCAUUGUCCGAUCCCAGUACAGCAGAGCUUCAUAGAAGCCCCAUGUGGGACAGCCCCAGCAAGACAGAUGCCCUGAGGGGAGAUGAGGUCCCACAUGACAUCCUUGGUGUCUUGGGCCGUGGGCCUCCAGGCCUCUCUGGAGCUAGUGGUACUCAUACACCUCUGCCCAAGGAUCAAACCUUGUCCACUGGGCUCAGAGAAGCUGCGAAUUCCUGAGCACGGGACUAUUUGGAGAAUGGACUUAGAAAUCACCCUGAGUUUUCAAACCAGCUCUUAUUUCUGAGGCAUUCUUGUAGUCCUAGAGGCAGGUUAGGUGUCCUCUAGAAGUUUCCAGCACCAUGUUGUCACCCAGACUAUCCUACAUCACACAGAAAAAACUUCUGAGGCACCUGGGAGUCAUUUUUUAUUCUUAGGAAGAAUCAGGCCACAUUUGAAGAAAGCCCUUAGAAAACUCCAUGGAAUCCCGUAUAUAAGCCUCACAUUUGUAUUUUGAGAGUUGUCUUUUUGGGUCUGUUUUAAGUAUAUAAAUGGUGCUCAAUAGCAAUGUCUUUGUCCGAGGUAACAUUCUGACUCUACUCCUGUGUGACAGGCAGCCGCCGAAUGGAGCCAAACAUGGUGCUCAACUUAAAUCACAAAGUUUUAUCUGACAACAGCCAUUGAUGCGUCUUUGUUUUGUAUAGUAAAACUUGACUCCUUACUUUCAUAACUUAUUAAAGUGUCUGUGGUUUUGCAAAUCA